CUCCGUCCACCGCCCGGGACUGCACCCUGCUCCAGAGCUGCCCGCGGGAACGCGGCAGCAAACGGCAGCUCUGAGGCUUUCCCCAAAGGGCCCCAGCAUUUGAGCAGCCUCCUCGCACUCUGUGGAUGAGAUUUUAUGCUCUUCUCCUGUCCGUGGGCAAGCCCAGGGGAGCCCUGACACCCCAAGAAGGUGCUGCUCAAGGCCUUGGGGCAGCAGUGCUCUGGGUGGAAGCUGGGUGAAUCCGAGACGGCGAGGGCCACGGGGCCGGAGCAGAUCUCCUCCAGAGCAGACUGGCUCUGCUCCUUCUUUCUGCCUCACGCCAGUGCUUCCUUUGCAGUUCGGGGGCUUGGAAGCGGUGAUCACGGCCGUGAUGGACGAGUACCCUCAGGUCCUCGCGCAGCGCAGGGAGCUCUUUGUCCUUGGUCUCAUCACGGUGUGUUUCCUGGGCUCUCUGACCACCCUCACCUACGGCGGCGCGUACGUGGUGAAGCUCCUGGAGGAGUUCGGAGCUGGCUGCUCCAUCCUGGCAGUGGUGCUACUGGAAGCAAUAGCUGUGUCCUGGUUUUAUGGUAAAGAACUGCCUCUCUGUUAUUAAGCAUAUACUGUACACCAGGAAAACCUCCUGCAGGCCCUCGCACAGAUGUUCAACCUCACGCACGCGGGGGAACGGCAGGGAACGCAGGGCCACGUCAGUGCAGGAGCACACGCGUGA